UGGAGGUGUUUGAUGGGGUGGAGUCUGUUCUGCUGUCCUGUCAGGUAUCAAUUCAUCAAGCUGAUGACAUGAGAGUGGUGUGGAAGCACAGAGAGUUCAGGAUCACAGUCCACGUGCAUGGAUCAAAUGUGGAUGAUCUUAGAAACCAAAGCCAGCGUUACACCAACCGAACAUCAAUGAGAGCUGACGCUCUGCAGACUGGAGACCUCAGCCUCACUCUGAGGAACCCUACAGUCUCUGACAGUGGAACCUACACCUGCAUCCUCCAGACAGGUGGCCGAGAAGAGAGCCAGGCAGAAGUACAACUGAAGGUCAAAGCUUCCUCUGUGUCUGUACAUCGACUCUUCUGCCAUCUAGUGGUCUUCUGUCCGUACUGUAUCUCCACUGCUCUGCUGCUGUCCAUCUACUACAAGAAGAAGACCCCAAAAGGACCAGCUGUCUUCAUGGAGAUGAGCCAGCAUGAUGAAGGAAAUCAGCGAUUGAAUGAAUAUUAUGAGGACAUGACUUCUGAUGUCACCACUGAGCAGGUCUUCUGUGCUGCAGAGUCUGUUAGUUGUUAAAGUUGUGAAGUUGUAUUUCAUUUGAUGAUGAUGUGCCUGAGUGUUCCUGGAUUCAUGUGUUCAUCACUUUAAUGCUGCAGCUGCUGAAGGUGGAGCUCCUUCAGUGACUCCACCCUCUACUGGCUUUGUGACCAAUCAAACAUCUCAAAGGUCU